ACUAGGUAUCAUUAUCAACUACGUUCAGUCCGUUGCAAAAUGCUGUUAAGUGCGGUAUUUAUCACCAUCCUGGUGCGUUUAUCACAAGCUGUCGAAUACCUGAAGCUUACAGACGAGUCUUUAAAUUCUACGGAUGAAUUGAGUCCAGGUAUAUUUGGCACUGGACAGGAACCCACUGAAUUCGCCUAUCUUCAACGUCAGCCAUCAAUUACCGGUGUGUGUGAUGGUGUGAAACAACUAGUAUGUGAUUCAUGUAGCACAUUUCGCGUUUGCUUGGGAACCGUAAAUGGGCAAGAUCUGACGAUUGCAUGUCCCACUGAUCAGCCUUAUUGUAACUACGGAGCAACAACGGACUAUUGCUCCGCUACUCCAAUUCCAAACAUUUGUACCGACGCAUCACAAAACGCAAUAUUUACAUGCCCUGCCAUUGGAACUUUUCCAGAUCCUACAAACUGUCGCAUCUACCACGGAUGUUCCAGUGUGGGGCAGACCUCGUCGAUCUAUACAUGCCCCACUGGAUACGUUUUUAAUGCCGUUUUGGAGCUGUGCGCCUUGGAGAAUGUGUUUUCUCGGUGUGUUACACUACAAUGCUCGGGGAAUUUCGUUGGACAUGUACGAUAUGGCCAAUCUCAGCGAUUCUACGGCCUAUGCGAUGGCACUGGUCAGGCUCCAAUCAUGUAUAAGUGUCCGAACCGAGCAAACUUUGCCUUCAUAGCGGGUUCCACAUUUGGCGAAUGUUCUUACUUGUGCCCAGCACAAGGAAACUAUCCCAACAGUAACGAUCCCGCAACAUACUUUCAAUGUUUUUGGGCAAAUCGACGUCUGCGAUACAAUUUAGUGCAUUGCCCUGUCGGUUUAACUUUCAACAGUCGAUUGCAAUAUUGCACAUAAAAAAAUCAAAAAAAAAUAAUUUCUCAAAUCCUAUGGCUACAAUCUUUUCAUGCUUUUAGACAUAACGUGAAGUGUGAAAAUGUCGCAUUAAAACUAUUACCAAGAAAAAAGUGAAACGUAGAAAUAAAAUAAAGUUUUUUGUGGAGAACUCAUAA